UCUAUCGGUUUAGUUUGAAAGUGACAUAAUAUAUGAGGCAAUAUGAACCUAAAAAGUUUUCUCGCUUUUAUUAUAUUUUUUAGUCUCUCAAAGGUCUGUCUAGCUUCUGAUGAGAGAAGAAUCUACGGAUUUCAAUCUCACAUAUUAAACCCUCCUAGAAACCCAAAUAUAAGCUCAAGAGUAAUAGCUGAUUUGUAUUUUGAACAGAAGCUAGAUCAUUUCAGUCCGAUUAAUACUCAAACAUGGAUGCAGAGGUAUCACAUGAACAGAGAAUUUUUCAAUGAAACCACAAAAGAACAUGUAUUUAUACUCUUGGGUGGAGAAUGGGAGGCUGUAGUAGAAUGGGUUAGCUAUGGAGCUUGGAUAGAUACAGCCAAGCAGUAUAGAGCUCUACUUAUUUAUUUAGAGCACAGAUAUUAUGGUGUCAGUCAACCUUUUAAUAACUUAAGUACUGAGAACCUCCAAUUUCUAAAUAUUCACCAAGCAUUAGAAGACACUAUUCAUUUCAUCAAUGGCAUUAAUAAGGAACUUAACCUGCCAUCCAAUGUGAAAUGGGUCGCUUUUGGAGGAUCUUACGCUGGUACCAUGGCAGCUUGGAUAAGAAAAAAAUAUCCACAUGUAGUUGCUGGAGCAAUGGCGUCCAGUGCCCCUCUGAAAGCAGUUCUGGAUUUCCAUGGGUAUCACCAAACUGUAAGGGAAAGCUUAGAAACCCAUAGUUAUAACUGCACAAGCAAUAUUAGGACAGCGUAUGUGCAACUAGAACAAGAGAUUGCAUUGUGUUUCUCUGGAAAUUCGACGGUUUGCCGAAGGAUUAAUGAAAUGUUUCAGCUUUGUCCCGGUAUCGAAUUUAGCCAAAGAAAUGACAAGGACUUAGCACAACUCUUUCUCUCUUUGACAAGUACCAACUUUGACUAUAUCGUGCAGAACAAUGGAAUGCUUCGUCUCUCAAUCAAUGACGUAUGUAACGUUAUGGUGAAUGAAACAUUUGGUACUGAACUUCAAAGACUAUCAGCACUUAAUUCAUUAGUAAUUACAACUCUUUUUGGGGGAGGCUGUCUUGGUCACUCAUACUCGAGUUACCUGCAAUAUCUCAGUGAUACUACUAUUGUUGCAGCUAAUAUGAUGCGUCAAUGGAUCUACCAGACUUGUACAGAGUACGGAUUCUUCCAAACCUCCAAUCAAGAAGACCCGAUAUUUGGUACCAGAUUUAAUGUCAGUUACUUUAUUGAUCUAUGUACCGAUUUAUUUGGAACUCAGUUUGAUAAAGCCCUUAUUAAUUUAGGAAUUGAAGCAACAAACUUUAGGUAUGGGGCUACAAAUAUUGCAACAAGCAACAUCGUACAUUUUCAUGGCACAAUUGAUCCGUGGUACUCCUUGGGAAAGCUGAAUACAACCCAAGAUGUGAACGAUAGCGUUAUAAUUGUAGAAGGUGUUUCACAUUGUGUAAAUAUGCAAGCACCAUCUGCAAAUGAUCCACCAGCACUUACGGCAGCAAGAGAAGAAAUCGAUCGGCUGAUAGGACUAUGGCUUGGAGUGACAUCUAGUAAUGAUUCACAAGAUACUGAUAAUAAUGAGAAACCUGGUGAUGGAACUGGUUCAUCACAAACAGUUUAUGCGUUGCAGUUCUUUGUUUGGAGUUUUGUUGGAAUAGUUCUACUUCUAUCAUAAGAUGGAAAAUAAAGUAAUGUUACUUAGAGAAAGAA